UUAUAAAACCAACCUCAUUCUUCACCAAAACCUCAAGUCCCUCAGCAAAAUUCUCACAUCUCGAGAAGUCUUUCACCAGAAAAACAACAACAACAACAAUAGUCAAGAAUCUAAAGAAAGAUAGAGAAGCCAUGGGAAGAGAACACGAAGGAAGCCCUCCAGUUCCACUACAUCUCUGCGUCUUCCUCUUCAUCCUCUUAAUGUUCGUAACAGUUUCAUCGUACGCGAGCUACGAACCAGUCAUAGAAGGUUUUACGGACCAGCUAAAGCUUGCUCUCAUGGCUUCUCCUCUGCUUUUGCUCUUGGCCGUCCAUUUUCUAUCCAACGAUGGAGGAGGAGGGAUGAUGACGUCAUUGAUCCCUCUGAACGAGAGGGAGACUUUGUAUAGAGCUGGAGGAACGUCGUGGGGAGUGGCCUUCAUGCUCGUCUUUCUCUUUUUCAUGGUUUCUUAUCAGUCUCAGUUUCAAGAACGUUGGUUUCCUCUUCGAUGAAAAAACUCAUCGUAUUUGGGUCUUCUACUUUCUUUACUCUCCUUGGGUCUAAAGUAUAAUGGAAUGGAUUCAUGAUGUAUGUUUAUUGAAUUUUUUAUAUAUUUUAUUUACCAGUUAUACCAUUUCAUGUAAUCUUUCGUCUCAUGUAUUAAGUUUUGGUAUAAC